AUGUCAGCUUCUGAAUCCUCUUCUCUCGCGAGCGAGAUCGAGCAGACGGCGCAUGACGGUGCAAACUUCCGGGUCGACGUAAAAGCGUUGCCAACUUCCGUCGCACUGCUUGACGAAGAGCACGCAAAGCUCACAAAGACACAAGUUAGUACGGCGAUGUCGUCAGAGCUGGCAACGAUGCGUUCAACGCUGGCAAACUGGAAGGAAAGAUUGGACGAGCUCGAAGCUACAGCCCAGUAUCGGCAGGAGUGUCAGCUGAUCAGCGAAGUCGCCUUCCGCGUGGACAGGCGCUUGGUCCAGUUUGUGAUUUGCAACAGUUCGGAACGCGAGGAAGAGCUGGGCAUCGUCUACAGUCUCAAAAUGCUUUUGCGCCAAUCAUCCUGCUGGGAGGAUCUGCAACCAGCCGAAAGAGCGCGCAGCCUUGCCAUCAAUGAGUAUCUGGUUGAGAAAACGUUCAGCAAAUUCAAUCUCUUGACUCCCUUCAAGCUGUUGAAGGGCAUGCGUUUGGACUAUACGCAGGCUGUGCCUCCCAAGGACCCGGACUAUCUCAAUUCGCUCAUCCAGAAGCACCGGGCCGAGGACCCUCAGUGGCUGCUCGAUCAGUUCUCGGUCAUUGUUGACUUGUACUGCUGCAGCGAUGAAGCGUUGAGCUCCUUGCUCCAAGCCUACGUGAAGGAUUGA